AUGGCCGACAUUUCACGACGUGAGAUGGGCCUCAUCAUCGGCAUCGUGGUGGGAUCGCUGUUUCUAAUCCUCCUUUUCGUACUGGCGUACAUUUUGUACGACAGACAACGCGUCAAGAAAGCCAGAGCACGCCAACUCCAGGGUGGCCGCCCACCAUCCCACCUACCGCUGCCCGCAGGAACGGGACAAGUCUGGACCACCAUUAACAACAGCAUGGUUGGGCUGGAGAUAUGCGAGGUGUGCAGGGCGAGUCUGGAAGCCCAAGGGGAACAGGACGCGAGAAAUGACGGAGCAGCACAAGAAGGCGGCGCAGCUGGCGGUGGCGGCGACGGCGGUGAGGCUGGCACAAGCAACGGCAUUGGCAAGGGCAAGGGCAGACUCACCGCGCUUCUUGCCUGGGCUUGGCCGCCGGGCCUUUUGCGUCGGCUCCGGGGCUCGGGUGGCUCCCAGAACGACAGCCGCCGCGGCGGCGGCGGUGGCGGCGGCGGCGGAGCGGUUGACCCGACUGCAGCCGACGGUGUUGCGACGUCCCAGCUCGCCCUGCCGCCGCCGCCGCAGUCGACACUGCCGCAGCAGCACCACCACCAGUCUGCUAGAUCCAAAUUGGUUCCGGAGCCCGCAAUCCCUGCAUUGCAGCGAGACGACGCAGCGAUGUCUAUGGUAGUGGUGGAGCUCGAGCCUGAGCCGGGGAACCGCAUGCCGACGUCGCCGCUGGGCCCCUUUGGGUUGCCGCUGAUGGCCGGCAGCAGCUGCACAGGGGACGCCAUUGUCAACCUGGCAGUCGGAGCGCCUGCCGCUCUCGGCACUCGCAGCCCUGGCAGCGGCGGCGGCGCAGCCGCCGCUGCCAUUGUGCCGGCGGCAGCAGCGGCGGCGACGAAGCCUCUUGCCGCUGCCGCCGCUGCCGCCGCCGCCGGCGGCGGCACAACCGUCGCCGCAGCGGUUACCGAAAAGCGUAGCACUGAGCUGGCGAGCUGUGUUGUGGACGUAGGGCCCUCGCCGGAAUCUUUCCGCCGCAAGGCCGCGCAGACGGGCAGCGUGGCGGUUGUAACCACGGAGGCGAUGAUCAUACCGGCAGUGGCGGGGCCCGAAGGUACGGGCGUCGCCGCCACCGCUGCCGUACAUUGA